CAAAGCCGCAUAGAAACAAAGGAUCCACCGUUUAUAUUUCUAUAUGGACUACAUCGUACGGUGUAUGAUAUGGUCGUAUAGAAUAUUUUUAUGCGGAGACUUUUGUUUGUAGUGUCGGCGAUAGGAGAGGCGGUCUACUCCAUUCCCUCGCUCUUUCUGCUAGGAGCAAGACUAUCGUCCUUCUUUCUCAACAGGUGCAAGUUUUAGAGAGAGAGAGAGAUAGAAAGAGAAGAGGAGAGAGAAAGAGAGAGGAUUUAUAGGGUUAGGGUUUCUGGUUAUGGGAAUUGAGCGAUGGCGGGUGAGAAGCCUCAAGUUGAGAUUGUGAAGGGCGUCAAUGGCCUCGACAAGGUCGUGCUUCGAGAAGUGAGGGGGAGCUCUGCUGAGGUGUAUUUGUAUGGAGGACAUGUAACCUCUUGGAAAAAUGACCACGAGGAGGAGUUGCUUUUUCUCAGCAAUAAGGCUAUGUUCAAGCCUCCAAAAGCUAUACGUGGGGGCAUCCCUAUAUGCUUUCCUCAGUUUGGCAGUCAUGGAACUCUUGAACAACAUGGAUUUGCAAGGAACAGAUUUUGGAGCAUUGAUACCGACCCUCCUCCAUUUCCGGCAAAUAUCUCCCACAAUGCUUUUGUGGAUCUAAUCCUCAAGCCAUCUGAAGAGGAUGCUAAAAUCUGGCCCCAUAGUUAUGAAUUUCGGCUACGGGUUGCCCUUGGACCUGGAGGUGAUCUCAUGCUGACAUCACGGAUAAGAAAUACAAAUAAUGAUGGAAAGGCAUUUUCAUUUACGUUUGCAUACCACACCUACUUUUUGGUUUCUGAUAUCAGUGAAGUGCGAGUAGAAGGAUUGGAGACACUGGAUUAUUUGGACAACUUGCAGGAAAAAGAGCGAUUCACAGAACAAGGAGACGCCAUAACAUUUGAAUCAGAAGUGGACAAAAUUUACUUGAGCACGCCUUCAAAGAUCGCAAUUAUUGACCAUGAAAAGAAGCGAACAUUUGUCUUACGUAAAGAUGGACUUCCUGAUGCUGUUGUUUGGAAUCCUUGGGACAAGAAGGCUAAAGCCAUGUCAGAUUUUGGGGAUGAUGAGUAUAAGCAUAUGUUGUGCGUAGAAGCUGCGGUUGUUGAGAAACCCAUAACGUUGAAGCCUGGUGAGGAAUGGAAAGGAAGGCUGGAGCUUUCUGCAGUUCCUUCCAGUUACUGUAGUGGUCAGUUGGAUCCACAAAAGGUUCUUCAAGCUUCAAGUUGAAAUAAAAUGCCUAUCGGCAGCAUCCUGUACAGGCAUCUUUUAUUUGCUGAAAUGAUGCUUGGCCGGGACGAGUUUCUUAAUAAUUCCUUAGUCCUUUCAACUUCCCAUAAAUGCCAGUUCUGAAGCAGAAGUUCCAUGGAAUAAUAAUACCUCUGUAUGUGAGUGUGCAUUUCAAAUCUCACAUGAAGAAAGAAUUUCCUUGGAGAAUGUAUCAGAGGGUUUACUGUAAAGAUAUGGAUGAAAAACUUGUUUGAUAUUUCUGUAUUAUAAACUCAGUUUCCUCUGAGACUUGUAGACCCCAGUUUAUCCAGAAUGGAACAGUAUAUUGUGGUUCGAGUUCU